AUGGGUUCUGUUGAGCUUGAUAAUGCAAACCCCACCAUCCUGAGUGCGGCCGAACUUCCCAGCCGCAGGGAAGGGCGAAAGAUAAAGGAGCUUUCUUCUGGAAAUCAUGGAAUCCGCGAUCUCUUGAUGGGCAAUCCGAGCUAUGCAAUAGACCCGUUUUAUAUGUCCGAUUUUUCAGACACAGAUACAGACGACUCCACCCUGGAACCUAUUGAUGAACAAGAGAUUUACGACUUGAUCGCUCCAAUACAGGACCCCGAACAUCCCUUAUCACUCGCGUCUCUUGGGGUUGUCAAGCUUGAAGAUGUUCACCUUACCUCCCCUCCGGACCUUACAACCGCCACUGCGCUUUCGCGUGUUCUCGUGGAACUCACCCCUACUGUCACACAUUGUUCACUUGCAACUGUUAUCGGCCUCGGCGUUCGAGUGCGUCUCGAACAAGCUCUUCCGCCGAGUUACCGGGUUGAAGUGAAAAUCAAAAAGGACACCCACAGCCAGGCCGAUGAAGUCAAUAAGCAGCUAGCAGACAAAGAACGCGUGGCGGCAGCACUGGAAAAUGCGAAUCUUAUGGGUAUCCUGCGGAAAAUGAUGAAGCCGUGUCUCGAAUCCUAG